CGACUGUUAUGUGUUGUUGUUGUACUUUUCGUCUUUGAUGAAAAUCUGAAGACUGAAUGCUCCUGGCAAAUACUUCACAGUCUUCAGUUCAGGCUCUUUACUGGGCAACCCAAUGUAAAUAAAACACGGACAUCUCUCUAAUGAUAUCUGUAUAGCAAUGGUGGUGUGGAGUGUCGUGGACUAUGCACAGAUCGAGAUCAAAUAAUUCGUUCCGUGGCCCACCGAGGCGUGAUUUUGACGGAAGGGCACGUUCGCCACAGCGGAGAUUUGGAUUUGACGACAAUGGGCCAGGUCCUAGGCGUUUCGACUCGUUCAGGAACAGGUCUCCACCCCGCGGUAGACCGAUGAACUACCAUGCAAGAGGUGGUCCAGGCGGUGGCUUCAGAGAUGAGCGUCCAAUGGGUGCGCCUUUCUCACAGGCCCGUCCCUUUGGCAGCAAUAGACCCAUGUUUCAACUGCGUGUGGAAAAUCUGUGUGGCGAUAUACGUGACCAGGACAUGAAGCAAGAUCUACUACACAUAUUCCGGCGCCAUGGCAACUGCAGUGUUUAUGUGGUGGAUAUCGGUCGUGGUAUGACCAAGGAGGCAUACGUGACUUUCUGGAGCCUGGAUGAAUCACGCAACGCACGCCGCUCGGAAAACGAGCAGCGCCUGUAUAACAUACCAAUGCUCAUUCACGUGCAGCGCGAACCCAGGGUGUUUGGCAUGACCAGGCCUGUUGGCCAUGCUGAGAUGCGGCGUGAGAUCAGGGAUCCGAAUUUCCGACCGGAUCAUCGUUCUGAUAGUGGCCCACGAUCUAGGUCUGAGGGACGGAGCAGUAUGUCUGACGACUCUAUACCAACUCGUACACUGUUUGUUGGUAAUCUGGACAGUAGUACUAGGAAUCAAAAACUCCAUGAAGUGUUUGGGAAGUUCGGCGCCGUGGAAGAUGUGGACAUCAAGGCCCCGCGCAAUGGAGCGAGUGGAACAUUUGCCUUUGUGCGGUUUGCUGAGAUAGCUUCAGCAAAAGAGGCAAAACUGGAACUACAGCAGAGCCUAAUUGGAGCCAGUCGUAUUCGCUUGGGCUAUGGCCGCGGUACACCAUCUGCUCGCAUCCAUAUCAGUGGCCUGGGUUCGUGGUGUUCUUUGGACUGGUUGGAGCGGGAGUUUGAUCGGUUUGGCACAAUUCAUCACAUUGAGUACAGCAGUGGAGAUCCAAUGGCGUUGGUUUCAUUUGACAGCGUGGACGCUGCCAGUGCUGCGGCUCGUGAAAUGAACCGAGCCGACGGCAAAGACCUGGAGCAUUCCAUAGUGGUUAGCUUUGCAGAGAGUCGGACUGGCGGCCCUGUGCAAGAUUUUGAUGAUAGUGUUGACCGAGAGUCUAAUGCUGGACGCACUGCACCAAGUGAAGAUAAAGAAAGCCACCGCCGUAAGCGGCAUAGCAGCGUCAGUAGUGAAUCAGCGCCCGCAUCUGAGACAACUGUGUGUGAGCAGGUGGCAGAGGAUAGUAGUGAGCAGCCAGCCAGCAGCAGUCAUCAAAAGCGUCGGCGGCGCAGGACCAGUAGCAGUGAUGAGGAUUCCCAGGCGAAACGUGUGGCGACGGCUGCUGCUGUACCCAGUGUUAGUCACUCGCUCUUGGAGGUUGCCUCUGGCUUACAGCUUCUCUGGACAGGGGCAUUGGCGCUACGCAAAAUGUCCUUUGCGAUGAAGAUGUUUGUUGUGUCUGGUGAUCCAUCACUUGCCUCAAACUUCCUGACUAGUGAUGUGGAGUUGGUUUCGAUAACGCAGCGCCUAAGAUUGGAUGCAGAAAAAUUAGACGAAGUGCGUCGCAGAAUGACGUCUAGCGGGCCCAAAGGCUACUGUGUGUUGCUUGCUGUGUCCGCAGACAGUGACGAAUCCACUGUAGCCAACAGUGAAAGAACUAGCCAAGGAAAAGAAGAGAAGAAUGGAGACUUACAGGUGAAACCACUGCGCAAUCUUGUCCUCUUUUUGAAGCAGAAGCAAGCUGCUGGUGUUGCGCAGCUGUCGCCCGCGGCCAAAGAUUCUGCAGAGUCAACUACAGAGCGUGCUGAGACUGACAUGCAAGACCAAAGUACAGGCAACAGCAGCAGCAGUACUGAGACAGGCUGUGGCGUUCUUCACGCGUUCCCACCCAGUGAAUUUUCUCAAGAACAACUCGCCAGUGUGACAACGGCGCCAGAGUUGUCAGAUACCACCCAGGACGAGGAGCAUUUAGUGAUAGUCAUAGUCGGCAAAUAGCCACAUGAAAUUCUUUAUGAAAUAUCUAUUGCGGUCUUGUUCUAUAGUGUCUCUUCUUCUCCUUAGGUGUGGUCCGUUCUGCUGGUGAUUGCUGGCCAUUUCGCUUGCAGUUUGUAACAAUGUUUUGCUUGACGGUUACUGUAAUUGUACAUAGUAUGGUGUUCUUGUGUGCUGUGCAGGCAAUGCUCUUGUUGUUUCUUUUUGUCCUGUCGCCAUGUCGUGUGCUUAGUGCCUUGCUGUUGAACGACCGUGCACUUUGCUUCUUCUUUUCCUCGUCCCUCUGUUCCAGUUGAUCUGGGUAGCUGUGGGCACAUUUGCGAUGCUCUUACAUUUUUUGUUUCUUUCCAUCUCAUUCUCAGCCUUUUUUGGCCGUUUGUGCCACACGCCCUUCUUUUAUAUUUUAAUUAUGAGAUCAAUCUUGUAAAAGCGCAGCUUGUCCUUUGUCCCAUCUCCUAUUCUGUCUUUCACGUUUUGUUAGUCUCGGACUGUUUCCCGCGCUUGUAUUUUUCUUGAAGUUUUGGGCAUUUUGA